AUGGCUUCGCGCAUCAUCGUGAAAAGUUUGCCCAAACAUGCUACAGAUGCACGUUUGCGGGAAUUGUUCGCUGAAGUUGGCGAGAUCACAGACUGCCGAAUCCAGAAGCUCAAAGACGGUCGUUCACGGCAGUUUGCCUUUGUCGGCUUUCGGAACGAAAGCGAUGCCCACGCCGCGGUGAAGCAGUUAAAUCGCAGCUUCUUUGAUACUUCGAAGAUCAGUGUUGAAAUCGCUUAUGCGCCGGGCUCUGGGGACAUUGCUCGGCCAUGGAGCAAGUAUGCUGCAGGCUCUUCGGCACAUGAGCGGCGAGCCGACAAGAAAGCCAACAAGAAAGACUCCAAGCCAGGACAGCGACCGGAAGAGACCGGGGCUGAAAAGGCCGAGAACACCAAGCCUAAUAAGCUCGGUGGUCGCAGCAAGCAGAAAGUGGCUGUGAACAUCAAGGGCGCGAAAGUUGUCCGCACGGCCAACAUCAAGCCAACGAAAGCAGGAGUGAGCAACACGCGAAUGCAUAUGGAAUUCGAAAGCGAUAGUGGUGAAGAAGGUGCACCUGCAGCAACAGCUCCGAAAGAAGGUCUUUCACAAUCCCUGGCCUUUGACGAGGAGUUGGAUGACAUGGCAUAUCUCAAGGCCAAGUCGAACUCCACCGCAACAGGGGGCAACGAGGACCCGGAUCGCAGAGAUGAAAACGAGGAGGAUACUGUGGCCAUUGAUGCAGUUGAUGCUGCUGUUGCGGCGGAUGCAGCAGCUGCGGCGGAAGCUUCCAAGGAUUCCGCAGGAACAGUGCCAGAUAUGGAAGAUCUCGAAUCUACAGGGCGCUUGUACAUAACCAACCUACCAUAUGGAGCCAGCGAAGAAGAGAUACGUGUUCACUUCGAAACGCUGGGGGAGGUCCAGUCCGUCGUCGUUUGCAAGGACGAGGACUCGCUGAAAUCACGCGGCUUCGGCUACGUCACGUACGUGUUUCCAGAGUGUGCCGUGAGAGCUCUCUCCGAGCUGGACUUGAAGUCCUUCCAGGGCAGGCUCCUGCGCGUGGCCGCGGCCCGGCAGAAGCCGGUGGAGGUCGACUUGAUGAAUCUGGGCCUUGAUUGGUUGUUUUCCUCCUGUGGUGAGAGGAAGAAGAAGGUGGAUGCCCACCUCCAGCAUACCUGGAACUUGCUAUACAUCUCUGCCAACUCGGCGGCAGACGCUGCAUCCGCACAGCUGGGUGUUUCCAAGAGUGACCUUUUCGGCAAAGAUGCCGAGAACGUCACUGCUGCCUUGACGGAGACCUCGGUGAUCCAGCAGACGAAACAGUGGCUUCAGAGAGAAGGCAUUCGUGUCGAUGCUUUCGAGCAGCGGGGCACAGCGAUGACCAACAGCAAGGCGGUCAUGGCAGAGGGUGCGCAGCGCCGCGACGACACCCUCAUCGUGAAGCAUCUGCCGGCUGCCACGAGCGCGGGGGAGCUUCGAGAACGCUUCGCACGGUUCGGCACCCUGGUGCGCUGCUCGCUGGCGCCCUCGGGAACGGUGGCAGUCGUGCAGUAUGCGGACAAAGGAGCCGCAUCCCGGGCUUUCCAGAAGCUUGCCUUUUCGCGCUUCCGGCAUGUGCCCCUCUAUCUCGAGAUGGCGCCGGAAGAUGUGUUUACAGAUGCCGGCGCUGCGAAGGCGCCCCAGAAGGAAGCCGCCGAGGAGGCUGCAGAGGAGGAGGUCGAUGAGGAGGCACGAGGCUGUCUUUUCGUGAAGAACUUGAGCUUCUCGACCACGGAUGAUGGCUUGAAGGCUGUCUUUCGCAGCUGCCAGGGCUUUCGCUCGGCCGUCGUCAUGCGGAAGAAGGCUGCUGUGAAGAAGGGGGCAAAGGCCGCCCAGGAGGAGAAAGGCCUGUCCAUGGGAUACGGCUUCAUCGAGUUCGAGACGACAGCGCAGGCGGCCGAGGUCUUGAAGCGCAAGCAGGGCGCAAUGAUCGACGGCCAUGCGGUUCAGCUGCAGAUCUCGCAGCGGGGGACCAAAACUCCCCGGGGCGGCCAGCAGGGUGCCAAGGCGAAGCAGCAAGGCAUCAAGUCCUCGAGCAUCUGCGUGAGAAACAUCGCCUUCGAAGCCACGAGGAAAGAGCUCUCCCAGCUCUUUGGUGCUUACGGCACGGUGACCUCCUGUCGGCUGCCGAAGAAGUCCGACUACUCGGGCCACCGAGGCUUCGCUUUCAUCGACUUCGCCUCGCGGGGCGAGGCCGCCGCCGCUUUCGAGGCGCUGCAGCACAGCCAUCUUUACGGCCGUCGUCUUGUCAUCGAGCCGGCGGAGGAGAAGUCCAACGACGUGGAGAACGUUCAGGCCGAGGCGGCCAAGCGAACGGCCUCCAAGGUGCGCGCCAGCGAGGCGAAGAAGCGCCGCAAGUCGGGA